AUGGGAGCUUGUACAUCAACCAAGCAAAAGAGAUAUGAGAUUGUAAGAACAUUGAUGCCAUAUAAAGUUCACAUAAUGGCAAUAAUUUGGCCGAAGAAUUAGCACAACUUAUUUGAUUUCGAGUCCAGUUCGUAUUGUGUGAAGGAGAUAGAGGUUGAUUUUUCAGCUCAAUUAGCAACAGUGGAUAAGGAACUUGUGGCUUUGACGAAAAGUGAAUGGGCUCGUAACUCGAUUGAAAUAGCAAAUAUUACAUUAAACGAAUAAUAAGCUUUUAUUAACAGCAUAUCCUAAUAACAAGAUCAUAAAUUAUGGGCAGUGUUGAAAUCAGAGGCCAAUUAGUUUUAAUCGAUAGAUGUAAGAUGUUUCAUAAAUAUAAAGCAUUUGGAUUUAAAAAUUGGAGAUAUAGUAAAGUUGGGACGAGUAAGGAUGCAAUUAUUAGAAUAUGCAUUCAUGCCUACUUGUGAUGAGGCAACCCAGUAUCAAGAUGAGUAGGAGGAGGAUAUUUAAACAAUUAGUGAUGUUGCCAGUUGCAGAAUAUGCUUUUCAAGUAAGGCAAGUGAAACAAACCCUUUGAUAAGUCCAUGUAAAUGUGAGGGAUCAGUAAAAUACAUUCAUUUGGAAUGCUUAUAAAAAUGGAUAGGAAUUUAACUAAAAAUUAAAUAAGGUGAACAUUUCAUCUAAUAUCUUUGUAAAAGAUUGGAUUGCGAAAUUUGCAAGUUCACAUUUAGAAAUACUUACACCUUUUAAGAUAAGAGUUACUCAGUUCUCAAAUUGCCAAAGCCAAAAUCCUCUUAUAUAACUUUCAAAAUCACCAAUGAUGAUAAAUCGAAAGAGGCUAUGAUCUACGUAGUUGAAAUAGGUGAAAAGACAGAAUUGAAAAUUGGUAGAAUUCCAGAUUGUGAUAUUAAAUUGAGGGAUAUCUCCGUUUCUCGAUCCCAUGCUAUGAUGAAAUUGAUACCAACGAGUAAACACACAGCUGAAAAUCCAGAUUAUAUAAUUAGAGUUUAGGAUUGUAAAAGUAAAUUCGGAACUUUGGUUUUGGCUCAAGAUGAAGAUUUGCUUGUAAUACCAGAAGAUGGAAAAUCUCCAAUCUUAUUUUAAACUGGAAGAGUUUUAUUACAAUGUGUUCAAAAAAAAAAAAUAAAUUAAAAACCUGCAUACAAACAUCCUGAUAAUGUAGUAUUGAUUUAAAUAGAAACAAAACCAUAAUUAGAUCAAUAAGAGUAAAUGUAAGAUUCAUUUGUUACUCAUGAUGAACUUACUGCUGGGGAUAUUAUCAUUAAUAAUUCUUAAAACCCGCAAAAACCUCAAGCCAAUAUGGAUGUUAAGGAAGAUAGUAUCUGCGAUGAAAGAUGA